GCAUAAUUAAUGGAUCAAAUCUAUCAAAUCAACGGCCCUGAUUGAUUUCCAUCAUUCUCACCAAUAAGCCAACUUCCCUCCCCUACCUCCAUAAAUUCGUUCACAGAAAAAACAGUUCGUCACCAUUUUCAUUUUUCUUAUAGUAACAGAUAUCCAUACAGUAACCUGGUUUACUCUAGUAAGCUCUUUCUGCUAUAACUGCUUAGCCCAUCCUCUGUUCUUCUUCAAUUUACUGCUUAAUUCUUCUUCAGAUUUCCUCUUUUCUUCUCUGUUCUUCUUCCUAAAGCUUAAAGAUUUAGUGUAUUUGGAGAAUGAAACAGUUGUAUCUAAGAAGCAGAAGCCUGAAGCACAUCUUCUUCUCUCCCUCCCCCUCCCGCAUCUGCGAGAAGCGUUCUGCCGGCACUGCCAUUAUUUCCGGCAAGGACGAACCUGCAGUGAAGCCAGCGCAGAAGCCCACAUGGAGAUGCUUCUCCUAUGAGGAGAUUCACAGAGCAACUAAUGGUUUUCAUCGAAAUAAUUUAGUUGGAACAGGAGGUUAUGCUGAAGUUUUCCGGGGAGAGCUCCAAAAUGGUCAAAUUAUUGCAGUGAAGAGGUUGACAACAGCAGCCACCGAUGAACAGAAGGAGAAGGAGUUCUUAACAGAGCUAGGAACUGUUGGUCAUGUCAGGCACCCCAAUGUGACUGCAUUUUUGGGCUGUUGCAUUGAUCAAGACCUGCAUCUCAUCUUCGAAUUCUCUUCUCGUGGCUCUGUUUCAUCGAAUCUCCAUAAUGCAAAUUCACCUCCAAUGGAAUGGAAACUCCGGUAUAAAAUUGUGGUCGGAACGACUCGAGGUCUCCAUUAUCUGCACAAGGGAUGCCAGAGAAGGAUCAUUCACAGGGAUAUCAAGACAUCGAACGUUUUGCUGUCGGCGAGCUUUGAGCCUCAGAUUUCAGACUUUGGGCUUGCAAAAUGGCUUCCAUCAGAGUGGAAUCAUCGCUCCGUCGCACCGAUCGAAGGCACCUUUGGGUGCUUAGCGCCAGAGUACUUCACGCAUGGGAUUGUGGACGAGAAAACUGAUGUUUUUGCAUAUGGAGUAUUCAUAUUGGAGAUGAUAUCAGGGAGAAAACCUGUAGAUGGAUCCCACAGAAGUCUGCUUAGCUGGGCCAAACCCUAUUUAAAUGAUGGAAAGUUAGAAAUGUUAGUAGAUGCAAGGUUAGGAGAGGAUUAUGAUAUUAAUCAAUUGAAGAGACUCACCUUCAUAGCUUCCCUAUGCAUCAGAGCAAAUGCAACAUGGCGCCCUUCCAUGACUCAGGUGUUGGACAUCAUCAAUAACGGCGACAUGUCGUCGGAGCGUUGGAAGAUGCCAGAGUCGGAAGAAGAUGAGGAUGAUGAAUUUUGGAUUUUUAAUGAUCUUGAUGAUUGCGACUCACCAACAUCAUCAUCAUUAUCAUCAAUGGGCAGCUCCUAACGGCAUUACUUUAUUAGUAUUAUGUGAUCUAAUCCAUGUUUUGAACAUGUAUGAAACAACUAUAUGGAGAUGGAUUGAUGAAUGACCAAACCUAACCCCAUUGGAAAAUUAAAAAGAUGGGGGCAGGAAUGU